UCCCCUUCUGGCUUUAGUUGUGUGAUGGCGUUUGUGGUGCACGUUCUUUGACGAUCGUUGCGGUGCUUCUCGUUAAGUGAUCAUCUCUUCUUACAUUCAGUUUUUCAAUUUUUUUUAUUCUUGUUUUCUGUGUGCAUGAUGGGUGGUCUUUUGGUUAAUUGAUAUUUGUGUGCGGAAUUUGGAGGAAAAAAGAUACCAUACUCCUUCGCUAGGACAUCCCCCCUUCACUCGUUAGUAAUCGCGGCUUUCGGGUGCGAUCUUUACCAUUCCUUCCAGCUGCGUGUGAUAUCUGGAAUCUUACCGAUUGCAAGCCCCCUCCUAGGGAAGGCCCAAUAAAUUGUCAGCAGUCUCCCAGGAAUCCGUAUAAGUAUCCAGCACACAAGCGUCGAAUCGAAAAUGUCAAUUCGCGGAAAUCCGGAUCUCGGAAAGCUGUCGGCGACUGCUCAAAUAUGAAGCAAAAUAUCAGCGCCAUUUCUAAUACCCUAUAGAGAAUCGGGAGCAGUAGUUGAACAACACUCAUUUAAUUGGCGUGGGCGCCUUUGCUCAAGCAUCGAGAGUUUGAGGUCAGUAAUUUGGUCAACUCGCUGGUCCUCGUCCGCCCCAAGUCGCCCUCCUAGGAGGUGUCGCAUUCACUACAGCGGGAAAGAUCCGGUGGUAAUUAGUCAAUUAGUAUGCAGAACCACGGGUCAGCAACUGCGCCCGAUGAUAACAAUUAAUUCGAGGAUUGAACUGUGUGGUCAAACAUUUGCCAGGGAAGCGUACUGUCGAUUUAUUGAAUGAUCGUGGCUGAGAAUAGAACAAACACUUCUACUGCGGCAGCAGAUUGCAAUCUGGCGGAAGGAGCUUCAUGCCUAAUAACAAGCUAAUCAAUUGCAUAUUGCAUGUAAAUGUAGAGCAUUUUUCCGAUUUGGAAUCGCUUUAUCGACGAAACAUCAGGUGCUGAAUCUACAGCGAUGGCAGGCGGAUACCCACUAUUAUCCACGCUGCUCACAGUUGCGAUAACAUUCAUCGUCGCCUCCAAUCUUGUGAAUGGGGCCAAAGAAUUCACCCCUUCUACAAAUCUAAUUGUUCCGAGCGAUGUGUCCCCACGGCUUGAACCUAUAAAUGCUACCCAAAAUUUCCGGAUGCACGGGAAGAAAGGUAAAGACGACAAAACCUGGUUCGAUGGGCGGGAAAUGCGGUACAUUUACUGCGUUCGACCGGCCAAAUGUGAAUCCAUCAGGCACAAGUCCUGCCUCGGUUCCCCGUUGCCAUACUCGUCCAUCAGUUUGGAUCUGACCGAUUCGUUCAGCCAGGAGCAAACGCACGACAAGUUGUAUCAGUACAACGCCCUCAGGCAUGUGCCCAAAUGUUGGGCUGUGAUCCAGCCAUUUCUGUGUGCAGUUUUUACACCCAAGUGCGAAAAGAUUAACGGUCGUGAUAUGGUGUAUCUGCCCUCACUUGAGAUGUGUAAAAUCACCUUGGAACCCUGUCGAAUUCUGUAUAAUACUUCAUAUUUUCCGGAGUUUCUCAAGUGUAACGAAACGCUGUAUCCGUCCAAGUGCAACAACGAUGUCCGAGAGGAGAUGAAAUUCAAUGCCACUGGACAGUGUUUGAAACCGCUAGUGGCCGCCGAUUCUCCAGCCAAUUAUUACAAAGAUAUCGAAGGCUGUGGCGUGCAGUGCAAGGAUCCGUUGUACACGGAUCACGAGCACCGGCAGAUCCAUAAGCUGAUCGCUUGGGGUGCCGGCGUUUGCUUGACGUUCAAUCUCUUCACGAUUGCAACGUUCGUGAUUGAUUGGCACAAUGCCAACAAGUAUCCCGCCUUGGUGAUCUUCUACAUCAACUUUUGCUUUAUGAUCUCCUGUUUAGGAUGGCUGGCACAGUUUACCCCGGGCGGAAGAGAGGACAUCGUCUGUCGUAAAGACGGCACCUUACGCAGCUCGGAACCUAGCGCGGGUGAGAAUCUGUCUUGCAUAGUGGUGUUCAUAUUGGUGUACUAUUUCCUGAUAGCGGCCAUGGUGUGGUUUGUGAUUUUCACCUACGUGUGGCACAUGAGUUUUAAGGCAAUCGGGAAGAUUCAGGAUCGGAUGGAUAAAAAGGGGUCCUAUUUCCAUUUGAUUGCCUGGUCGCUGCCACUGGUACUGACCAUUACGAUAAUGGCGCUAAGUGAGAUCGAUGGCAAUUCCACGGUGGGGAUUUGUUUCGUGGGUUACCUGAAUCACCCGAUACGGGGUGGCUUUUUAUUGGGACCAGUGGUUUGUGUGCUGUUCAUUGGUGGGUAUUUCUUGGGAAGAGGUUUGUUGACGUUGAUCAAGUUAAAAAUUUCAAGUAAAGAAAUUAUAUCAGCCCGAGCAAGCAAAAAGAUUAAGCAAACAAUAGUACGGAUGGGUAUUUGUACGAUGUUUACGUUCGUAUUCAUUCUGGCUACGGUAUUUUGCCAUAUUCAUGAGUUUCGGAAUAGUGAAAAUUGGGGAAUGGCAUUGAAGAACUACAUUAUUUGUCAGAUCUCUUCAACAUACACGGAUGUGACGACUACGUGUAAGCUGCAGAGUAGACCUAGCGUUGCCGUAUUGCAGAUCCAUUUACUGUGUUUAUUCGCAUCUGGAAUCGUGAUGUCUUCGUGGGUGUGGACAAACUCGACCCUGGAAACCUGGGGGCGUUAUUUUCGGAGGCGCUUCAGACCAGACUUCGAGGAACCCGUGAAACUGCAGAAGCAUAAAGUCAUAGCACAGGCCUUCGCCAAAAAGAAAAAAUUUCAAAAUCAAGGAAGACUGUCUAUAUCUUUUCACAACUCGCAUACUGAUCCAGUAGGAUUGAAGUUUGAUAUCAAUUCGGCUAUCGGAAGCCACGAUUUUAGCUCAACCUGGGCAAACAAUUUGCCAAGAUUCAUCAAUCGUAGAUAUGCUCUAACAGGAGCAGCCACUAGCUCAAGCUACGAUCCACGUAAAAACUCCGUUGAUUCCGAAAUCAGCUUCAGUGUUAGACACGUAUCGGUUGAGUCACGCAGAAAUUCGAUUGAUUCACAGGUGUCAGUAAAAAUAGCUGAAAUGAAGACUAAAGUGGCUAGUCGGAGUCGAGGUGGAGUGGCCAGCAGCAAACAUCACAAAAAUCGUCACCAUCGAAGACGGGAUUUUACAGCAUCAAGUAGACGUUACAGUAGGAAGGAGAGCAGUACUUCAGUCGAAUCUCAGAUUAUAACUGCCGUCCAGAAGGGAAGACAUACCAGCAAUGGAAACAGUAGCCAAUUCUUUGGGACCAAUCAGCUGCAAAGAAGAACUGGAAUAGGUGGCAUGGAUGCUGGACAUUUCAACGACAUUAUUUCCACUAUUCCUUUCUUCAAUCAACGUGGUCUAACAACUUCGGAAGACGACAACGUUUCGAAUGCAUCAUUCAAAAUCCAGGACUCAAAGUUCGAUGUCAUUCUCAAACACAUCGGAGCAGGAACUAACGCUGCCAAUCGAUUAGACUCGCAUGAAGGAGGCUGUCAAAUAGAGGAAUACCACUCUAGUGAAGACGAAGAUAAACUUAGUCUGAAGCAUUCUAGCAGAGAUGACUUCACGAACACUAAAGACGGUAUGAAAAGUAGUAAAGAAGGUGGACGAGUUAGUAAGAACAGCUCCAAAAGCGUUCGAAGUAAGAAAUCCUCAUCCAGACAGGGUACAAUGCGUAGAUCACAGAAACAUUCGCGCGCAAGUCAGAAGGGUCAACGUAACGAGAAAAAGGAAAAGGUUCGAGAACGAGAACGUGAAAAGGAACGAGAGAAAGAGCUCGCACUGAUUGAACGUGCAAAUCUUUCGGACUUUAACGAUUCGUCCUUUACAUCAUACUGCUCAGAGCUUUCACCAUUGAAUGUUAACAGUUCUUACUCCGGAAUAUCGGUGGCCAAAACCAACUCUAGAAACAGUAAACGUAGCUGUGACGUGGGUAUACAAACCAAUGCCUACGAAAUUGCUACCCAAACCAUGUCAUCUUUUGAGUUUAGCGAAAAAGCGAUCAAGAACGAAGAAAACGAAGAUAUUUACACCGAAAACCACCAGCUACUGGGACCUAAGCAUCCGGUGAUGCCUCAGAUAAUUAGCAAUGCUUCAGGCAGGAAGCGGGAAACCGUAGACGUAACGCUAACGGAAGCAGAAAAGCUUAAGCUUUUACUACUUCCAUCCAAGUGAAUCUCGAUCGUGUUAACUGUCCAAAAUACUCUUUCUCUUUGUUAGAUUUAUCUCUGCUCGCUACAACAGGCAUUUAAUAUUUUCAGAAACGGCAUUUAUCUUGUAAUUUUUAUUUUUAAAUUAUAGUCAGUUUGAAUGUAUUUUUUUAUCAGAAUAGGAAAUUAUUCAAAAUUUGCAAAUGCAUUUUUAGAUAACUGCGUUUAUUUUCGAAUGGAACAUAAAUAUCCAAUCAUAUUCCCAAGCCAUCGUGUGAGUAGAAUAAAUCUACACUAACGAGCCAUUCUUCUAGACAAACCAAUCAUCUAAGUUUAGUUGCGGUAAGACUAUUUUCACUAACCGGUUAGUUGACCAAGCAGUAACUAUCACUUUGUUAGUUAGAAUUUUUUUAUCUCAUAUCCUGCCUAGUAUAAGAAAACAAAAAAAAAUAUGAACGAACCAUUAAAAUUAGCUACAUUUUUUUAAAUGAUUCUUUCAACUAAAGAGUUUCAAAACAAAUAUUUGAUGAAAAAAAAAACAACGAAACAAAGGUGCCUUUUGCCUACACAGUUAGCGAUAAAUUUUCUUAAUAAGACAAUUUUCGAAGAGAAAGUAUUUUAAAGUGUCAUCGGAAACAUAACGCACUACUAAGCUUAACAAAUUACACACAUUUAAAACAAAGAUUAAAUAAUUCCUUUCUACACAAGGUGUUGCUAAGAGUUCAAUAUAUAUGUUUUUAUGUUUAAGACUGAUUUUAAAUUAAAACAAAAACUCAUAAAAUCUUACAAUGAAGGGAGGUGAUUUUCUCGCGAAGCUUCACAAAAUUGAAAAUGAUUUUAAAAGCUACAAUAUCAACAGUGUCAUAAACGCACAUCUUGUUUAUGUGUCGAAAUUAUUCAUACUGUGAAUUCAAGUGAAAUUUAAGCGUAGACUAAUUAAUGCGUGCUAUUAUAUGAGCGAUUUUUUUAACAAACCAUCAAUUUUAUUGCUACCGAAUGCUGCAUCGUAUCCUUGAAUAAUAUAUGUAUCCCAAGCAACACUGAUUGUUUUAAUAAACCCUUCAGAGCUGGUUUAAGAGUUUUGUUAGUCUUAAAUCAGCUCUGAAGAGUUUAUUAAAGCCAUCGGUGUUACUUAUGUAUGUACAACUAAUUUUUAUACAAUUGUAGCAGCUCAAGCGUUGGGUGAAAGGUAAACUCAGUGUAUGUGUGCAUCUUGGAAAUACGUAUAUAUGUGUAGUAUAUUUAGGAUAA